AUCUUCUUCUUCUGCUCCUCUCAGUUUUUCUUCUUCACAACAAAUGGCCGUUUCAUCAUAUUUACCAGAUGAGUGUUGGGAAUCUAUCUUCAGAUUCAUCAUCAUCGACGACAACGACGAUGAUUGCAACAACAACAGUCACUACUUGAGUUUUCUAUCUCUCGUCUCCAAACAGUUUCUCUCCAUCACCAACCGGCUCCUAUUUUCACUCACUCUCCAUGAUGAAUCAACAUAUUGUCACCUCUUCAAACGAUUCACCAACCUCAAUUCCCUCGACCUUACAGGCAACUACAUUGACCUCGACAACCUUCUCAUCGAAAUCUCUCGUUUCCCAUUGAAACAACUCACAUCACUCAAUCUCUCCGGCCAACCUACCAUUCCCACAAUUGGGUUGCGAGCUUUUUCACAAAAGAUUACAACUUUGACCUCUCUCACUUGUUACCUCAUUGACUUUCUUAACCCCUCUGAUCUGUUCCUUAUUGCAGAAUGUUUCCCUUUGCUCCAAGAACUCGACCUCAGUUACCCCUUGAAUUGCAAAAGUUGCUGUAGCUACGUCGAUGGGGUAGAGGCUCUUUCACUUGCACUUACCAGACUCCGCAAGGUUAAUCUUUCUGGAUUAUUUCCAAUAAACAACCAAUCACUUUUCUACUUGUUCAACAAUUGUAAACAACUUGAAGAGGUCAAGUUAUUUAAGUCAUGUCAUAAAAUAACUAGGGUUGGACUUGCUUCUGCUCUCCGUGAGAGACCAACUUUGAGGUCUUUAUCGUUUUCCGGUAUGGAAGACGAUAAAUUGUUCAGUACUUCACAAUUUAUUGACUCAUUGGUGAGUUUGAAGAGUUUGACUUGUCUUUUUUUGCACAAUUUGAAUAUCUCAGAUGAAUUGCUAUAUUCAAUUGCAAGGGAAGGUCUUCCUUUGACGAAAUUUGUCCUCCUACGUUGCACUGGCCAUAGUAACGAUGGAAUCAUUGAUUUGUUAUCCAAGUGUCAACGUAUCCAACAUUUGGAUCUUCGAUAUACUGAUUUUCUGAAGGAUCAACAUGUUUUGGAGUUGUCAUCGUUUCUUGUUGAUUUGGUGUCCAUAAACCUUAGUAGUUGUCAUAAGCUCACAAAAUCAGCCCUGUUUAUACUCGUCAGGCACUGUCCUUCGCUUAGUAAGAUCAAAAUGGAAAACAUCGGGGCGAAGAUUGUAAGGAAUUCUUAUUCUUUGCGGAAUUUUGGUGUAUACCCUCAAUUAAAGUCUCUCUAUUUGGGUUACAAUUCAUGGCUAAGUGAUGAAAUCAUUACAAUGUUUGCUUCCAUUUUCCCUAAUUUGCAGCUGCUUAAUUUGAAAGAUUGCAAUAGCAUAUCUGAAGGUAUUUGUGAAGUUUUAAGGAAAUGUUGUAAGAUUAGGCAUUUGAACUUAGAUGGUUGUUCAAGAGUGAAGCUACAUGGAAUGAAUUUUGUUGUUCCCAAUCUGGAGGUGUUGAACUUGUCAUGGAUUAAUGUUGAUGAUAAAACACUCUAUCUGAUCUCAAAGAAUUGUUGUGGGCUUUUGAAACUAUCACUGAAAUUCUGUAAUGGUGUUAAAAUGAAGGGAGUGAAACAUGUUGUAGAAAACUGCAAACAAUUGAGAAAGAUUAAGGGAGUGAAACAUGUUGUAGAAAACUGCAAACAACUGAGAAAGAUUAUGUCAGAUGAGAGAUUGAUCUUAUUGAAUAAACUGAUUGAAUAAGUCAGAUGAGAGAUUGAUCCUUAUUCUUCUGGCUCUAUGGGUUUAGUAUUCCUUAGAUAAUUAGUCAUUUUUGUAAGUUAGCUUAAUGAAAUUUGUUUCAAUAUUUUCUUAUAUAACUGAUGAAAUAGUUGCAUAACUUAUGCUUCUUGUUGUUUAUCAGUGGUUUCAUUCAUGUAGCGAUGUUUUGUGGUUUUAUUUUUUUUAAUCAUAGUUUCAUACAUAGAGGUGUUUCUUUUUUACUACUUUGGAUCUCAGUCUCCUUACCAAAACUCUCAUAUAUAUGAAUUAGUUUCUAUUAUUAAUUAUGUAGUCAUGUAUGUUUUCCACUUUUUAUGAUAAGUAAUGGUUUUUUCAUAGAUUUGUAUUAGCUAGGAAAUACCAUGAUGGAUCGACAUGUAAAAAAUUUCAUCCACCACACCUAUAAAUAGGCAACCGUGAGUCAGUGACUCAACUAAAGACUUUUACACUAUCUAACUACAUUCUAAACUAAUACUACUACCUCAACGGCUCAACUACAAACAGAUGUACACAACGUUUUUCUAUUGUCACGAUUUUAUUGGUUUUGCCUUGCCUUUAAUAUCUCAUUAUGAUAAUUCAUUGAUUUUAACCACUACUUUGUUUAUGUGUUUUGCCAUACUUUCACAUUUAACCAGUUCUGAUGCCAAAAUGUAUUAGGCCAAAUAAAUUAUGUUACUUAAAACAGUAGGUUCAUUUUUUGUGUUUUUUUGUUGUUUAUAUUGUAGCUGAAGGUCGAACCCAUGACCUCUAGCAUACUACCCUAACUCUUUAAUAGUGGUUUCAUUAUGUAAGCAUAGGAAUAGCCGAAUAGGAUUCAACAUGAACUGACUAUCUUUUUAAACAAGUUUUUGAUCUGCAAUAUUUAUUUUGCAAUUGUUGCAACUGAAAAUGGUUCUUACUAUUUUUGAAGAAGCUAAAUUAGUCCAUCCAUAUUGACACCAGAGAGAAUUGAGCCUGAGACAUUAAGGAGGAGCACACUGUCAGGACUCAGGUCCCAAACCAAUACCACCAGACCAACCCAAGCGGGUUGAAAAUGGUUCUUACUACAAUGAUUCAAAUGAGAAAUGCAAAAUUAAGGCCACAAACAAGGAAUUCAGCCACUCUUUAUGAGUUCAUGAUGUUUACAUGGAAUGAAAUUCAGAUUAACAGCCCAAGAGCAGAAUCAUUGUAAAUUAUAAUUGUGUGUGUGCGCAGAUAUUCACUUUCUGUUAAUGAUAAAAGCCAAGUGAAGGAAACAGUUGCCUGCAUUACAAGUUAGUUAGAAUUUUGUUUUGUAACUAACUGAGUUAGUUAGGAUUCUGUUAGUUAGUUAUUGAAUUCUAUCUUAGAGAGAUAUAGUUUGUAUAUAAGUGAUACUUGUAUCAGAAACUAAAUGAGAUUUGUGCAUAAUAAAAUUUCCUUUUCUUCUUCUUG